GCUACUACUUUGCUGCAAAAGUUUUUAGAAUGUGAGGUGAUUGAGGAUGCCAAAGGGAAGGAGAGGGACAAAUUCAAUGAUGGCAGCUCUCUUUAUCAUUUUGUGACUCGUCCUGGACCACUCAACUUCCUUGGGUUUACCCCAACCAAGAGAAAAAGACAAGAGAUUGAGGAAGAACAAAAAGAGGGGAGCACCUCUUCUGUAUGUCUCACUAAUCCUUACGCAGCUGCUGCUGGGGAAGAUAUAGGAGGAGAAGAGGGAGAAGUGGAGACUGAGAGAGAAAGCGUUUCAAGUAUUUUAUCAGUCAAUUCAACAUCACCAGUACUGAAAAGUGGACCAUUGACAGUAACUGAAGAUGAGAAGCAUAAAAUAUGGCAAGACAUGACGCUAACAAGAUUGCUAACAAUACUACCAUCUUUGGGUACACUGCCUGUAGUGGAUGGAGGAAUUAUAGCAAGCAAUUGUGAUAAAGAAAAGAGAGGAGGAGGGCCUACAGGAUCUGCAGAAGAUGUUACAGGUGGUUUACCUAUCUAUCACGGGUUUGAGCAAGAUGUCUUUCAAGCAAUAAGCAACUACUUCACUCAACAGCUUCAGCAACCACUCAUUCCUCAGGCACUCUAUGAACUGAUCCUGACCUCAAUACAUCCACUGAUUGCUAGAAAGGACAGUACAGCUACUGAUGCACUCCAGCUAAUAUCUUUAAUGAUUGAGCCAAGUUUAAGAUUAAAACUGCACAGACUGUUGAG